CAAAAAUUGUGAUACCAACCACCGAACACAAAAGGAGGAUCAUUACUUUGACUGAAAGGCGGGAGCUGUUCCAAGCACACAGCCUUGGGAGUCAGGUGUUGCUGAGACCCUCUGGACGGUAUACGUGACUGGACCCAGGGGCCGGCUUCAGAUUUCACGCAGGAGGCUCCCGAGGCUGUGAACUUACACUGCUGUCUACACGGCCAGGAGACUCCUUUCUCACACCUGGAGGCUGAACUAGAAGAUUUCUGCUGGAGUGUUCUCGGUCCACGCUGAUGCCCGCUUCUGGGCUUCAGGCUGCCUUGCGUCCCUUCCAGGGAAUUCCAGGGGGAAAAUGGUGGAUCCGCAGCCAGCUGAUGGUCUCCGAAAGAUGAAUUUGGCUGAGAUUUGUGACAAUGCAAAGAAAGGAAGAGAAUAUGCACUUCUUGGAAAUUAUGACUCAUCAAUGGUGUAUUACCAGGGGGUGAUACAGCAGAUUCAGAGACAUUGCCAGUCAAUCAGAGACCCAGCUGUCAAAGGCAGAUGGCAGCAGGUUCGGCAGGAAUUAUUGGAAGAAUAUGAACAAGUUAAAAGUAUUGUCAGCACUUUGGAAAGUUUUAAAAUCGACAAGCCCCCAGAUUUCCCUGUGUCCUGUCAAGAUGAACCGUUUAGAGAUCCUGCUGUUUGGCCGCCCCCUGUACCUGCAGAACACAGAGCUCCACCUCAGAUAAGGCGUCCCAAUCGAGAAGUAAGACCUCUGAGGAAAGAAAUGCCAGGAGGAGGAGCCCGGGGACCUGUAGGCCGAGCACAUCCUAUAUCAAAGAGUGAAAAACCCUCUACAAGUAGGGACAAGGAUUGUAGAGCAAGAGGGAGAGAUGACAAGGGAAGGAAAAAUAUGCAAGACGGUGCAAGUGAUGGUGAAAUUCCCAAAUUUGAUGGUGCUGCAUAUGAUAAGGAUCUGGUGGAAGCCCUUGAGAGAGACAUCGUCUCUAGGAAUCCUAGCAUUCACUGGGAUGACAUAGCAGAUCUGGAAGAAGCUAAGAGGUUGCUAAGGGAAGCUGUUGUUCUUCCCAUGUGGAUGCCUGACUUUUUCAAAGGGAUUAGAAGGCCAUGGAAGGGUGUGCUGAUGGCCGGGCCCCCAGGCACUGGAAAGACCAUGCUGGCUAAAGCUGUCGCCACUGAGUGUGGCACAACAUUCUUCAACGUCUCCUCUUCCACGCUGACGUCGAAGUACAGAGGGGAAUCUGAGAAGUUAGUUCGUCUGUUGUUUGAAAUGGCUAGGUUUUAUGCCCCCACCACCAUCUUCAUUGAUGAGAUAGAUUCUAUCUGCAGUCGAAGAGGGACCUCUGAUGAGCAUGAGGCAAGUCGCAGGGUCAAGUCUGAGCUGCUCAUUCAGAUGGAUGGAGUUGGAGGAGCUUUAGAGAAUGACGAUCCUUCCAAAAUGGUUAUGGUAUUGGCUGCUACUAAUUUCCCAUGGGACAUUGAUGAAGCAUUGCGAAGGAGAUUAGAAAAAAGGAUAUAUAUACCUCUCCCAACAGCAAAAGGAAGAACUGAGCUUCUGAAAAUCAAUCUUCGUGAGGUUGAAUUGGAUCCUGAUAUUCAACUGGAAGAUAUAGCAGAGAAGAUUGAGGGCUAUUCUGGUGCUGAUAUAACUAAUGUUUGCAGGGAUGCCUCUUUAAUGGCAAUGAGACGACGAAUCAAUGGCCUAAGUCCAGAAGAGAUCCGUGCACUUUCUAAAGAGGAACUUCAGAUGCCUGUUACCAAAGGAGACUUUGAAUUGGCUCUUAAGAAAAUUGCUAAGUCUGUCUCUGCUGCAGACUUGGAGAAAUAUGAAAAGUGGAUGGUUGAAUUUGGAUCUGCUUGAAUUUCUGUCAGCUCUUUCAUUUCUGGUAUUUUUGUUUAUAAAAUGUGAAGAAAUUCCAGCAAUUUUUUAAAAAAACAGGUUUGGAACUUUACAUUGGAGAGAUUUUCUCUUAAAGAAAAAAUUUAAAACACAAAGAACAUACAUAUACUUGAGAAGUAAGAAAAGCUUACAUAGAGAGCCUGAUAUCCACGUAUCCAUGCAUUACAGUUGCACACCCUAACCAGAGUAUCGGGGGCUGAAGAAAGCGACCAGUGUGCUAUUGUAGAAACUUGUUUACAGAAAAUGUAGAAGGAGCUCUGUUUCUCACUAGUGUUCAUUGUUUUUUAGUUUUUUCUAUUCUUUGCUCUGAACAUGAGGGACCUAUAUCUGUUGGCUUUUAACAUCAAAACUGGGUUUGUGUCAGAUCUAUUAUUUGUUGUUAAGAAUUAUGGUUUUGGAUUAAAUAAUGAAUCUGCUAGUUAAACCUUUAGAAUUCACCUACUACUGUUAGAGUCUGUUAUAUAGUUUGAGUUUUCCCUUCCUUUCCCUCACCAUUCCCUCUACUAGCUAUUUAAUCACUUAUUGAGCUUUAUGGGGGAAUAGCCUCAUGCUUUGUGGUUUUUGAAUCCUUUUGCCAAGUGGCUUCUCCGGUCUUCAGUAUUUUUUUUGCUGGCAAUAUUUCAUAUUGGAAGGGUGGAAAGAACAUCAUGUUUGCGUAAGAUGCUCUUUUUCAUUCUAGACUUCUGAGUUUGUUUUCACUUUUCUUUCAAUAUGUUCAACAGAUAAACCCUUGAUUUUUCUCAGCUCAAACAUUGUUUUUUGCUGAAUUUGCCUUUCAUAUUCUAAAUAAAUGCUUUGGUAUUCUAAACAAGUCCACUCUCUUGUGGCUAAUGCAAAACAAACAAAGCAAAAUCUUUAUGGUUUUCGAGCCUUGUUUAUUAACAAAAUAACAUCGUGCAUAAUGAACAACGAACAUUUAGGAAUCAUUCCUUGUCUAGGUUGAGUGCUUGUACGCACGCUAAGAUUAGGUUAGAAAUAUGACAUGCCCAUUCUUUUCAGCAGGAAUUAGACUGUAGAAGGAGGCCAGAAAAGGAGAGGCCAUGUAUCUAGUCACAAGUAGAGUAGCCUAGUGUUAGUUUUUAAAAAUUGCAUUUAUCCUAUUUUGAUUGGGCAACCUCUGCUUUAAUAGUCAAGCUUUAAAAAAUUUGUAUUUGAUGAUAUCCUGAAUUUUCAAUUUUGGACAGUUUAAAACCAAAAAUAACAUAUAGCUUUUUUUGACAGUUAAAGAUAAACUCUUAACAGCUUCCUUAAGAGAUUUCUUCCCCCUACUUAGAACUAUAUACCACAGUAUUCAUCUAAUGCUUUAAAUUACCCCCCUUUCCUCUGAGGCAUAGAUUUAUAAGAGUUAAAAUCAUGAGAUAUCAUGAUUUUAUUUUAAUUGAUUUAGUUCAUCUUAAAAGUUGAAAUGAGAGAACUUUCCUUUUAUUCAUGAACUUUUAAAAUAAAGAAAUAAAUAAUCCCACUAAGAUAAUCUUGCAGACUAUUGCCAUCCAGUAAGUUAUUUUUUUCCUGAAGUCCUAGGGGCAGUCAUUAAAACCUUAGUGUUUUGAUUGCCAAAACUUGUUUGCAUAGUUUAGUUGAUUAGUCAGACCAUUUUUCUAGAUUUCAUGUUAUUUGUCUUGGCUUACAUUUCAAUUUUUUUCUGAAUUCUUCAUGCAUAAUGACACGGUAAUUUUGAUUUUUUAAAAACUAUCAGUUGAGCAGUACUUGGAGACUCAAGCCUCCUAGGAGCUUAUCUUUACUGUGUUAAGUCAGUCCGGUGUGCUUUUUUAUUUCCCUUGUUUCUCAUUUUGCUCUGUCAGUGGAUGGUGAAUGCUUUGUAUGUAUUAACCCCUUAAAGAAUCCUGAGGAGAUCCCUAGGGCGUUCUGUCCAACCUUUCCUGCACGUGGUAUGUACAUUGUCUUUAUUGUAAGACUGUGUUGCCUUACCCAGAAUGAGAGAAUUUUUAUGUUUUAUUUUAUUUUUUCUGUUGUAUUAUCAAAUUAGAAAGAUUUGGUUCCUUUAAUUCAUCUGAAAACCUGAGUGCUUGGGGUUCUUCAACACAGUGAUGUCGGGACUAAGUUUUCUACACUUCUGUCUCGCAGAUAUCUGAUCAGAUAGUCCUUCAUUUUAGUAGGAUCAUGUUGGUUGCUUACCGUGUACCUGUCCCUUGGGUGGGCGCUCUGUGGCCACAGAGUUGGACCAGGCAGUGCAGUACCGACUGGGCACUUCCUGUAAUUACACCGUGUAGCUUCUGGCUCCAACUAAUGAAGCGAUUUCAGUUUAUAAAUGGAAGGCACAGUAACCUGCGUGUUGCUUUGGAAAGAUAACAUUUAAAAGUUUUUCUCUCUUUAAAUUUGCUUUAAAAUUAGAAGUGGUAUCCAUUUGCUUGAACAACAGAACUAUUAUAGAUCUUGGCUAUUUUCAUGAACAAUUUUUGUCAUUUCCCAAGCUACAUGUUUAUUGUAAACACAUACACAUGCAAUUAUGGCAAACAUGUAAACAUGUUACAUGUUUAUUUCAAACAUUUUGCUUGCACAAUUCCUUUAUUUUUAAAAAGAAAUUAAUAUCAAUGGAAUGUGCCAGACAAAUGGCUCUCUAAUGUAGGCUGAAACCUUCUAGUAAUCCACGUAGAAAAUAGACGAUGGCAUCACAGACUUUAUCUUCAGUCAGCAGCAGUGUGGGCAUUCCAGAAUGACCAAACACACUCUGGGCUUGGACCUCUACCUCCCAAAAUGCCAAGACAGCUUGGAAGAGGUAACAUGUUGUGGUCUAGCUGCCUAACUGGGGGUUUCGUUUGGGCUCCAGAGACUGCAGUUUUUAUGAUGUGAUAUUUGACUGUCCAAAAAUAGGCUGAAAUCACUAAUUACUCAAAAAGUGAGCAAGCAAGUGUCUGGUGAAUCUACCGUAAAACAACAUACAUCUACAUCAGGAAAAAUGUGUGUAUACAGCCCAGAUUUUCAAUAUAAGUGUCACUCUUUCACUUUGCUACAUGUAGCCUGACUCUUUUGAACAGAAAGUAUUGAUACUGUAGGUUUUGAACAGCUUGAGUUUGUUUGAAUUCCCUCCUUGGAAGUUUCUGUAUACACUGCCGUAUCCAUGAUGAGAAUCACAGACCAGCUGAUGCAGUUCUGUUUCACUUUCCUGACCCUAACAACCUUGAGGUAAAGUGAAGGAUGAGGCAGGUAUUGCUUGUCAUGUGGGCUUUGGCUCCUUCUGUGUUGUCUUGAUUAUUGAAUCUUUUGGCAUAAUAGUAGAUUCCCACUCCUUUUCUCUUGUGAAUGAUAAGUCACCUCAGGGUAUUUCCUGUGUGAUAGGCAUAAAAUGUUAAGGAUAGUUGCUGCCCUUUUCCAAGAAAGGGCCACUUUAACCAUAUGAAGAAACAAUAGUAAUCCUUCUUUUAACAUUUGUUUUGUAUCUUCUGUUCCAUAAUGGUUUUGAUUGUGUAGUAGUUUUUACAUACCACUUAAUUUGUGAUGUACAUAAUAUUUAUGUGAAUCUAAGAAUCUGUCACGAUAGAAAAGGGUAGGAAUUACAGUUGGAAGGCGUGUUAGGGGAAUACAAAUAUUUAAACCCCAAAUGUUUUAUCCUUAUCUCCGCUAAUUAUUUUUUUUUUCAGAAAAAGCUAAAAACUGUAAUAAUUACUAUGUUUACUUAUUUAUACUUUUAAAUUAGGCUUUUUGUACUUAUUUAUUUUUUAGGACAUUUGCUUUUAAUAUUGUUUUCUCUUGUGAAAACUAUAUGAAUAUUUAAAAAAUAAAGUCCCUAAGAUAACACAUAUGUUUUUAAACAUUCACAAAUUAACAAUAAUUCUUUGAAUUUUUAUUAGGUUUUUUGGCUCCGGACAACUCUUUAACUUUAGGAAUAUUUCUCAAUUUCCACAUGACUUGUUAAUAAAAACAGGAAAAAUAUUAAGCUCCAUAAAUACAGACUCAUGUGACAGCAUUAAAAGACUCGGGACCUCACUGUUCCUGUACAAGGACCUAAGUACUUCAUGGAGACACACAGAGGUGGACACGUGACAUGUGUGUUCACACGGCAGCAGGGCAGCAGGCGUCGCCUUCGGUUAACACUGUGCGGACUCGGUGUCCAGCGAGAUCACUAUGUGCUGUAAGUGUUUCGUUAAGAUUUUUGUUUCAGUGUCUGUCUCCCAGUAUUUUGAACCUAGUUUAAAGAAAAAGACGUUUCCAAAUUGUAUUUAUUAAAUGUGCUUUUCCUUACCUUUUGUGCGGCUACAUCACUAGCUUCAUGAGCUUAGCUGUGUCUGUGCAUAGGUUGUAGUUUGGUAAU